GGAUGUGUGGAAUGUCUUGAUGGUAGGGCGGCAAUAAUGCAAUAACCAGUAACUGGGGAAAAGUUGCAAUGCAGAUUUUCACAGACGGAAGUACAUCCCUGUUGCUGGGCCUGGGGUGGCGGAACACAAGCUUUGACAACAAUGGUGCUUAAACAGUGUCACUCGCAACUCAGACGUUUUGGUGUUAAGCACCCAGAAAAGUGGUAUGACCUUUCUUUUAAUCCAGACGGAGUAGGCAGUUUUGUUUUGACAGCUGUCAACAAAUCACCGUGUGUCCGAUGUAUCAUCGCUCCACCUUUUAGGAACUUUGACAAGCUCCUACGGAGAGGGAGACGAGCUGGACUGAAGUUCAGGCAUCCUUCUGCAUUGACACACAUGUCCGCAAGAGAGCUGAGUACUUCCAUCAACGCCUUCCAGUAUUUGAACCCAGAUGUACCAAAGUCCGAAGGCGGGAGGCUGUUUUUUGAUACCCAUGCGGUGGUACGACUCUUUGAGGAAAAUGGCUUCCCAACGCGGCAAGCUGAGGUGAUGGUUAAAGUUCUGGUGAGGAUGACAAAGUCUAACAUGGAUGUCAUCUAUAAUGUUAUGGUAACCAAAGUGCUGCAGGAGAUCAUGUUGCAGCGUGUGAUGUCUCAAAUAGUGGCUGUAAAGAAGGACAUGGUAAUCCUGGAGAAGAGUGAGUUCUCUACUUUACUGGCAGAAAGUGAGAAACUCGAGAUCCAGUUAUUGCAGCUCAAGGUCCAGCUGGCUGAUGUCAUGAAUAAAGUGCGCUCAGACACUGUUAUGGACAUGCAUUUGGAGAAAAGUCGCGCAAAAGCACUGAAAGUACAGCAUGAGAAGAUGCUUCUAGAAACACGAGCUGAGAUUAUGGAAAUGACUGCACAGCAAGAUCGUCAUUUAACUCAGACCUACAUGAAAAUAGACACGGAACUGGCUGGUUUGAAAACCAUGUUAGAAGCUCAUAAACUGGAUACUAUAAAAUACCUUGCAGGUUCAGUGUUCACCUGUCUCACUGUGGUCUUGGGUUUCUAUCGUAUUUGGAUGUAAGCAGGACCAUACUGUAGUUAUGAUUUUCAUAUAACCUCCGGUGACACUUGAAAUUUUAAUGCAUGCUCUCAAUCUCGAAACAACAGCCAGAGACCAAAUGUCUUUCAUGUCUGAAAGUUUGCAUUCCUUGGUGCGAUCUUAUCCUCUCCUCAGAAGUAGGAGUUAUGGAAGAAAGGCUGUGCCAUCAGAUCACUGGCAGAUGUUUUUGAAGUAAUGAGAUUUUUUUAAAGAUUAUUUUGGGGCUUUUUUGCCUUUAAUUGCUAGGACAGCUGUAGACCGGAAAGAGUUAAGAAAAAAGGGGGGACAACAUGCGGCAAAGGGCCGCAGGUCAGAAUCAAACUUAGCCUUGGUACACGGGGCGCAUGCUCAACCAGGUGAACUACCAGGGCGCCCCGAAAUAAUGAAAUUUUGACUCAUAGAUUAUUUACCACACGGCCAUUCAGAAAAUGUUGUUCAGACAGUUGCUAUAAAUACUGACUUCUUAUUCAGAUAGUGCUGCUUAAAACUGAAGUUAAACUUUUCAAAAAUGUUGUGUAUUUAUUGUGUAUAUGUACAUAUCAAGCUGUGGAGAGAAGAUCAGAGGAAGGAGGGGUCAUUGGGACUCUUAACCACUUUGCUAUAUUAUCACAGAUAUUCAACUUGUAUCUAUCUUUCUGCUUUGUGGUCUCAGCUUUUUUGUAACAUGAUUGAUUUACUUAUGCUAUUUGAAUAAAAUGAAUUGUCAAUAAAUGUAAACUU